CUUUUGGUUCCAAACUAUUUGGACGGAGUUGCUGUAUUCUUCCAGUAGGGUAGUGACUGGCUGGAUGCUGCUGUAGGAUUGAGUAUUACAACUCGUACUGGCAAACAUACUUCUGGAUUAUUUUUUAUUUUAAACCGAGAUGAUACCAACACAUCUAACUAGAUAUCAGCAGGAACUGAUGGAUGCGGUCUGAUUUAAACAAUCCGAAGCGAGUUAGUUACACGCGGAAAAAAGUCAACGUUAAAAGUGUUAAGUCUGCUGUUUGACGUGUGUCCAGCCGACAAUGAGUGCCAAAUCUGCCAUCAACAAGGAGGUUUUUGCACCACAUGAUGAGAAAAUGCUCGGAGCAGUCCAGGUCAAAAGGAGAAUGAAGAAAAAGAUCCCUUUCCUUGCCACGGGAGGGCAGGGAGACUACAUGACCUUUAUAUGCCUGUCAGUGACAAAUAAGAAGCCCGCUCAGGUCUCGAUUACCAAGGUCAAACAGUUUGAAGGCUCAUCAGCAUUUGUACGGAGAUCACAGUGGACGCUUGAUCAGCUACGGCAGGUGAACGGAAUUGACCCAAAUCAAGACUGUGCAGAAUUCGAUUUAGUAUUUGACAACGCUUUAGACCCAUGGGUAGCAGGCUCAGCCACAGAGAAAUGCACGUUCUUUCAGAUCCUCCACCACACUUGUCAGCGGUUCCUUGCAGACAGGAAGCCAGAGUUUAUUAACUGCCAGUCCAAGUUACUUGGAGGUAACAGCAUCUUGCAUUCAGCUGCAGAUAGCGUCACCAGUGCAGUACAAAAGGCUAGUCAGGCCUUAAAUGAGCGUGGGGAACGGUUAGGCCGCACAGAAGAGAAAACAGGCGAAAUGAUGAACAGUGCCCAGCAGUUUGCCGACACUGCACACAAGCUUGCCAUGAAGCACAAAUGAUGAGACAUUGCCAGAUAUUUAGGGGCCUGCCCAGGGUGAAACAAACAGGCCUUUUGGAACACAUUGUGUUUUUGUGUCUUUUUUGUGUUAUCCUUUUUUUAUUUUGCAUUGAAGGACAUCCAUUGUUUCUUAAAUGUGAAGAUUUUGAACUGGAUAAAAAAUACAAAUGCACAGAGCACAGCUAUGUGGGGUUAGCCCUUUCCCUCCAAUUGGUGGGUUUUGAUCUCGCCAGAGAACUCGCUGUUACAGCAGCUUUCAAUAGCCAGCUAACCGAUUUCUCAAUUACAACCAACAGAAAAAACAAAGCAGUCCCCUUCUGAUGGAUCUUUGCUGUUUGGUGCCGCUCAAAACACCUGCCAUUUCCAAAGGAGAAGUCGUUUCAGUUGUGUUUAUAUGGAUUAAAAGGAAUCAUUGAUCAAAUCCCCAUGUUCUAUGGCUUUAGUAAACCAGACAGGCAGUGGCAUUUUUGGCAUUUGUUCUUACAUGGUAUUUUAAUUCUAUCUGCAUUUUCAUCUACCCUCUGCAAGGAGUGUAUGGGAACCAUAUUACAAUAAAGUCUGAUAUUGGCAAACCAUGUAUUUCACACGUUGUUUUUUUUAAUAGUAUUAUUCAUGCUUGUAGAAAGGGGUGUUUUUAAAGCAUUGUUUUCCUAAGACAUAGCAAUUAACAAGAUUUGACACUAUUAAAAUUGUGGGGGGUUGGUUGUUUGUGUUUUUUUGUUGUUGUUGUUUUGUUUUUUGUUUUUUUUAAAUGAUAAUGUAGUGUUUUUUUUCUUCCCCCUUUUUUCUUUUUCUUUGGUGGUUGGUGGUUGCUAUGAAACAACUUUUUUUUUUUUUUCAUCAAUAGAUGAUCUGAAAAAGUAAUUUUUGACAUUUGUAUGUCUUCACAUAAAUGUUUAACGGGUAAGGAUUAUAGGCAUGUUCUUCGUGAAUAGAUGUGUUGCCAAUAAAAAGGAAUGUUCUUUUCUCAGUUACCUUCUGUUAAAAAAAAAAAAAAAAAAAAUACUACUGUCUUCAUAUUUCUAUUCUUUGGCUUGAAUUUCCAUUGUCACUUUUCAAGGUGCCUGUUUUAACCUGUGGGUGAGUCCUGCACUAGUAUGGACUAGUAUUGCAAAAGCCAUUAUCGGAGAUGCUCCUUUCCCAUAAUAACUAUCAUGUACACCAAUAGUAGUGGUGCAGUGCAAGCAAACAGACAGACACUGUGCUUCUACAUUGCCACUGUGGUAUUGGAUGCUUCUCUCCAGAAGUGCAGUUUGUAAAGCAAUGCUAUUUAGCAGUCAGAGGUACCCAGUGCAAAGCACCAUGACCACAUUCAUGAGGUAUAGGGGCACUGUAACUGUCUUUAUUAUGGAAUUGGUAUGCAUAUUAUUUGCCUCAAGUAGGGCUUCUAUCCCUGACAUUACUUUAAAAAAGGUGUUCCAAUAUCCUGUGUCCUACAUCUGGCAUUUCAACCUGACCAGAUGCAUUACUCUGUGGUUUACCUAGUAACACUAUACCCAUCCUAUAUAUGUGUCUUAACAGUCCUCAUAGGACUCCUUUCCCAUUUAGUCUGUUUUACUGUACUUGUCUUUCUGCCUAACAGCAUGGGUAGCCCCAAAACCUUGUGCAAUGAUACUUAAUCAGUGCCUUCUGCUCAUUAAAAAAACAGUUCCCAACAUACCAGAAAGUAUAUUUAUAGUCUACUGCAUUGGAAUUACAAAGGAAAGGGUAAACAACAAAAAUGUGGAUACAUAAAUAAAACCUAUGCGGAAGUAGGCCAUGUUUUCCCCUACCACAAAGAGGAAUAUCUUGUUAACAUACAUGUAUUAACAAUGUUUUAUAGAUAGCACAUGUUAAUAACUGAAUGAAAAUCUUUAUAUAUAUAUAUAUAUAUAUAUAUAUAUAUAUAUAUAUAUAUAUAUAUAUAUAUAUAUAUAUAUGCAGAAGAAAUAGUGUCGAAAGCACAUCUAUAUAUGAUAGGACAGUCGGUCAUUUAAAGCAACAGACCUUUUGUUUUAAAGAAUUAUAAAACAUUUUGUUUUAGUUAUUUAGAGUUGUUAGAAUCUUACAUGUUCCCGUAGAUUUCUUCUUAACCCUGAAUUAUCAGAAACAAAAAUCACUGAAUUGAGCUGUUGUGCAGCUGGGAAUUAAUAUGUGACCUGAUAUUGAAACCUCUCUUUGUCUAUAUUUACUUACAUACAUACCAAGCACAGGUCAUUUGGUACUGGUGCAGCAUAUAAAUUCCAUCCCAUUGGUAUACUGUUCCUUCUAAACACCAAAUGCAUUGCAAUCAAUAGUUAAGGGUUUGGAUUUAGAUGUACUGUAUAUACAGUUGUAAGUAGCCAUGUUGAUGUAUAGGCAAUACAACAACGGAGCCACACAAGAGUAUAACAUAUUGUUCUUGGUAUGUAUUCUAAAUAUUCAAGGUAAUGAGACAUUGACAGCACCCAGCUACACACAUUUGGUGCCACGUUUGAAUUUCAAGGAAACUGGGAUCUGCCUUUUCCACUCUCAUUAUCUAGCUGAACCUGUGUUUUGUGCAAAAGACCAAAUUUGUUGUUAUUAAAUCUGUCACUAAUCUGUUAUUAGGUUGUUGUUUUUUAAUUCUGUGUCAAUCUUUCUGUAAAGUUUAUUAAAUGUUUCUGUAUUAUCAACAUUAGUGACAUUAAUAUCAUAAGCAAUAUUCAGUGGUGUUUUAAUGUAACUAAAAGCAUAUUUUUUAUGGUUUUAAUGUAGUUACUAUUAACUACAUAUGUAAUGAAAGUGCAUACAUUGUAUGUUAUUCCAUAUGUAGUAACAAUGUAAUAGCUACAUGUAAUGAAAGUAUAACCAGUGCCAUUAAGUAAACAUUACCUUUUUAUAAAAUAGGAGGAGCUUGCAAUGACUUGGAUACAAUGGGGAAAUGUGUGUUCUUGUAACAUCUGACAGGAAAUCAAUAAUAAAGCAGGUUAAUGUUCCAUAUGAAAGUAUGUUCAAUCAGUUUCUUUAUCACUUUGUCCUUUUUAUUGUAUUGUAAUUCUGAAUAAUAAAAUAAAUUGCAAAAUUCAAAGAAAUCUGUUUAGACUGGGGAGGGGGGGGUGUCUAUCAUUCCAAACUUGUGUGUGUGUUAUUAACUCCUGAAGAAAGGGAUCUGUGCUGUACAAUUAAUCUGUGCUGUUCUGUGAGACCAGCGGGACCAAGUCCCUUAAAUUAUUGUUGCAAAUCUCAGUUUGUCAUUAAAAACAUUAUAAUUGUG